UUCGAGUUUUCUGCUUCAUUUGGCCUGGCGCGUCGGCUUUUUUCUCCUCGGGGUCGCGCCUCCUCUGCAGUUCAGAGUCUUCUCUCGCUUCCCGCCCUCCUCUCGCCUCUGUGUGUCUUCUCGUCUUCUUCGCGCGUCCACGCGCCGAGCGCUUGCGCGCGCGCACUCGCGUCUGAGAGAGGGCAGCAAACAUCCGGCAGCGAGAGUUCUCUGGAGACCUUCUUCUUCAGUUUCCUGAGGCCAGCCAGAGAGAAAGAAGUCGCGCGCUGGAGGGAGGAACAGGACGCCCAGGCGCUCCACACCCGAGGGCGCGACAGAAAAGAAGACAUGCGGACGCACUGCUGAGACCCCAGCUCGCUUGCUCGGUGUCUUUCGGUGCUUCGCCUUGCGCGAUUCUUCCCUUCGCCUUCUCUUUUUCGCCUUUCCAAGGCUCGUCCACGCUGUCCAGGGUGCCUGGGAAAUCCCACCGAAGAGUUCGCGGGCAGAACCGCUCCCUCACUGUCAAUCCACGAAGCACACAAGAAAGGUGGAACUCGAUUCGCGUUGCCUCCAGUUCGAAACCUCAAAAACACAACUGUUUCUCCAAUGCGCUCUCUCGCGAGGCGCCCUCCGUCUUCGUCCUCGUCCGCGUUUUCUCAGGGCGUCCUCCAGAUCCACUUUCGUCGCCACUCUCGUUUCCGCUGAAUCGGUCGUCUGCCGCGACAGCGGCGAAAGACGCUGCUCUGCGUCUGUCUGCCUCUUAACUGCGCGAAGAGCAGAAACAAAACGCAAAGCCAGUGGCUUGAUUUCUUCUUGCUCCUCUCCGGGUCUCCUCAUCCCGUCGGUCUCGCGUUGUUUCCUCUCCACGCUGGUGUCUGUUUUCCUCGUUCUCGUCGCCUCCCGUUACUCUCUUGUCUUCGCCAUUUUCGGCCUUCUUUUCUCUUGUCUUGCUCGCUCCUCUUUUAUUUCGUCUCCCUCUUUGCUUCGCCGUCCUUCUCGUCUGCCUCGCCUUGCCGUCGGCCGUAGCAGGUUCCUCGAGCCGCCGCUCCAGUACUUGCAUUUUCUGCGCCGACGAGCAUGAGCAGUCCUUCCAACAAGAAAGGACUGGCCCUGCAGCGGGUGUUCGUACACUUCAGUUUCCCUCUUGGCGGCUCUAAGUCUCUCCAGUGAAUCUGUGAACAUUUCGCUUGUUGUCUCUCCGCGGUCUCGCGAGGCUCAUGCCAGAGGGCGCACCUAGGGGCGAGAAAAGAAGUUUUCCUCGUCGGAGAAGGGAAGGGAUCGACCUGCUUGAUUGCGAGAACCAUAUAUCGCCGAACUCAGUUCGAUCUCGUUCGUUUUUUCCUCGACGCGCAGAGCCUCUGACGCACACGCUGGGCGUCCUCAAUUCGAGUGACCCAUCGAGUCCUGCGCGUUCUCGUUUCUGUCAAAAAACUCCAAAUUUCAACAGAUUCGUCUUAGUCUGUUCCCCCGGCUGCAUGCGCCUUCUGUUUCAGUCUUCGCAAAAAACUCCGGUUAUUUCCAUCUCGCAUCUGUUGCUCUCUCUUCCCUCUCCGUAAAUACUGAUUUCAGGGGUCUCUCCUGUUCUGCUUCCCGAGUGUCUUGCCGAUUCUCGGCGUCUUUGAUCGUUUCUCUUCGCCUCGGUCUCUCGUCUUCCCCAUUUUUGUUCGACUUAUCCUUGUUUUCUUCUUCUCCUCUUCUCGUCUGCUUUUCCUCUUCUUCCUCUUCUCUCCCUCCGUGUGCUUCUUUUCUGUCUUUCUCAGCUGUGCUGUUUCAGGGUGUUUCCGCGUUUCUUGAUCUUUGUCGAGAGAUGUCUCCUUCCUCUUCUGAACCUUGCUGUUUUUCCCCAGAGCCUCCUGUGAGUCCGAUCGGAGAGGCAGAAAGCUCCUCUGUCGGUGCUUCUCCUCUCCAUCUGCCUUCUUCUCACGCCCCGAUACUUGCCAGCUCCUGUUCUCCGUCUCCUGGUCCACUCACUCCGCUCUCAGCUUCUUCCUCUUCUUCCGAGCCGCUCGGUUCCGGUUUGCGCAGACGCUGGGGAGAGCCUGAGUUUCCUGCUGGAGAGGAGAGACACGGGGAGGAGAGAAAGGGAAACGCGGAGGAAGCAGAACAGCGUCUCGAGUCUCGUCGUGGAAGAUGGCGGGAGGAAAGCCAGAGAAGAGGCGUCUUCGCCGUCUUCGGCUUCCGCGAGACGGCAGCCGAAGACAGUGGGGAGAGACUCCUGUCAGACCAACGUGGAGCAGCUGUCUCCACCUCCGAGGCCUCCGAGGGACUGCCUCUGAAGAUGGAGAAGGAAAACGCAUGGAGUCCGGGCAACGACGCGACCUGCGAAAGGGAGUUCUCUUUGCUCGGGGAACCGCAACGCGCGCCGGUGGCUUCUGAAGAGACUCCUUCGUCGCCAGCCAAGACGAAGAAGCGCGACUGUGACAAGGCCGGCGAGAAGCUCAACGGAGACAGCGAAGAAGACGAGAACGGUGGCUGUUUCGUUGAGGAUGGCGACAGAAAGGAGUGUGCCGCCCCGCUAGCGAGAAGGCGACGGGAAACAAAGGCUUCAGAAUCGAGAGACAGAGAAACAGGGAAGCAACAUGGUGGCGGCAGCAGCUCUGUCGAGGGCGAGUCUCACGCUCCCUUCACUUCUUUUCUCUUGGCGGCGCCGAGCGAGUGUCUCGACUGCCUGUUUUCCUUCCUCGACUUCUCGUCUUUCUUCUCGGUCUUCGCAACGAAUACGGUCUCCUUCUCCAUCUUUUCCUCGCCCUCCCUGCUUCCUCAGACUUGGAGACGCUUUGCCCUUGACAGGAAGCUCUCCUUCGCGUCAGUCCCGGUCUCUCCUUCUUGGCUAGCGAGUCCGCUCUUCUCUGCAGACGCGCGUCCUCACCUGCUGCAGAUCGAGACGCAGAGACGUCCGCUGCCCGCGACCCAACCGGCGAGCACCGUGGAGCCGGAACAGACGGAGGAGGCGCAGAAGAAAGAGCAGGGAGGAACGAGACUACCUUCGCUCACUCUGCCAUGCUGUCUGAGUCGCGGAGACUUCCUGCGACUCGGACAAACGAAUCGCCGCUGGCGCCUUGGCUUCUUUUCGCGGGAACAACGCAUUUCUGUCUUCUCCCCGGAGCCUCUGGAGAAGGCGCAAGUGGUUGCCUGUCCUCCACUCUUUUCUUCGGGAGAACUGGCUUUCUCGGCCUCACCUCCCUUUCCGCCUAUGUCUCUGCUUCCAGCUUCUCUGGCUCACGAGCUGUCAGCCAUACGCCGCGGUGGCUCUGCCGCGCUUGCGGCGACCGUCAGAAUGCCUCGAAGCCUUUCAAGAGAGGCGCUCUGCCCUCUCCUCACCGUCUCCUCCAGCCGGAUAUACACCGUAGACCUCGGACCCAAGAAGGCGGCUCCGGGAAGCGCGGCCGCGGGGAGCAAAAGCCAAGUCUGCGCAGCAGCAGGGGAGUUGCGCCUCCUCACGCUCCCUGCCUCGAUGCCGCUGCUGUCGCCUUUCCCGCUGCUCUCGGGUGGAGGCGCCAUCCGCGUUCUUCACCGCGCUGCUUCUUUGGCCUCACGAGAGUCUUCGUCGAGCUCGAGCGCCGCACACGAGGACAAGGCGGCGGUACGAGCACCUGAAGAAGAGAGCGAGGGAACUGCUGCAGCGUUUCGAGGUCUCGGCAUCGCAGAGAAACAGCGAAGAAAGAGGAGUCGGGCGCGUCGUCCGCCGCAUGUAGCCUGGGUGGCCUGUUUGGAGCAUCCUCUCUGCUGGCAAACGCCGAGACCGGGGAGAAAACGAGAGGAUGUAAGACGCCGGGGCACCGCAUCUUUGUCCUCCUCGCCGGUGCUGCGUCCGUCUUCUCCUUUUCUCGGACCUUCUUCUCCAUUUCUCGGACCUUCUUCUCCUUUUCUCGGACCUUCUUCUCCAUUUCUCGGACCUUCUUCUCCUUACCACAGAGAGUCCUCUUCUCCGUUCCUUGGGCCUUCCUCUCCUGGACUCGGUCCCUCUUCUCCUUUGUUGCAGCCUUCGUCUUUUUCUCCUCAACAGGACGAGCAGAUCAGGAGACGCGAGCCACAAUCGGCGGCAGGCGAGAAGGACAUCGCGCGGGGGAGCGGAAGAUUCAGAAACGAAGGCGAGGCGGCUGCGCCCACUGCACCGGCCUCUGCUUCUUCUCUCUCCUCCUCUGCUCCGACGCAUCUUCUGUGUCUCACGCUACAGCACAUUGACCUUCUUGCUCCGGCCUCUGUCCGCGAGGAAAGACCAGUCGACCUGACAGGUUUCAACUCCGAAACAGCAAACCACGACUGUGCCUCAUGUGACUCGGCAUCCACACACUCUCUCUCAUCCAGUCCUUCGUCUUUAUCUUCGUCUGUUCCGUCGUCUUCGCCAUCUGCUUGCUCGCACUCUUCUUCCUCUUCUCUGCUCGGUGAGGAAGGCAAAAGUUCUGCGAGCUGCGGAAAGCCAUGCCGGUCAGAGUUCGAGUCGCAGGCGGCAGGGAAGGAUGGUGCAUGCGUCGCUGAAAAAAGGAAGGAGACAGAUUCGGAGAAGGCGCGCAGAGACGAGGAGACGUCGGAACUGUCUGAAGGCGGCUCGCCUCAACGCGCGAAAGCCUCCAAAGGUCUUCCCCCGCAAGCUACUCCUGCGACCUACCGUCUCCACCCUGUGGCUCUCUGCUCCUUGCGUCGGCAGCAUCAUGCCUCAGGGCCUCAAGUCCUCCACCCUCACGCGAUUGCCUGCUGCGCUUUGCGAGAUGAAGAAACGUUGACCAUUGCCGCGUCGCUGGUCUGGAAGCGCAAUACCUCGACACCAGCUCAGCGUUUCUCCACCUCCAGCCGACAGGCUGCCUCCUCUUCUUCCGCUUCUUCCUCUUCUUCAUUCUCUGGAGCGUCUGGCCUUGGUGCAGGGAGAGAGACGCGGCCUGGCGAGGCUUCGGCGUCAGGUUCGGCGCCGCAUGCAUGCGGGAGGGCGGACAGCGCUGGCGAGAAGCGCGAAGGAUUGCCCAGAGGCAGGAGUGUAGAGUUUGUGUUGGGGAGCGCGAGUGGCUUGGGAAGCGGCCCCCCGCCUGUCUCUUUUGUCUCCGUCAUUGCCGCCGGAACAUCUUCAGGCGCCAUCUACGCGACAGCCCCUCCUCCCUGUCUCGUCCAGGCAUGCACUUGUUCUCAAGAUCGCUCUUUUGCUUCUUUCGAGUCUGGGUCUUUCCCCCGGACUCGCUCUCCUCAGUCUUCUCUCUCUCGAAAUCCCUCCUCCUCUUCUUCCUCUUCAUCUUCUCCCGUUGGAAGAAGCCAGAGAGAAGCUGCGUUGUUUGCAGCGGCGGAGGCGAGUCGCGGCUCUCCUUUGCAGUUCGUCGGGCGCAUCUCUUCUGUGGCUGUUCAUUCCAGUUCUUCCGGACCAGCUGACUUCCUCCACGUCGUUGCAGGAACGCCGUGGUGCUGUCCAGUGUUGCCUUCUCUCCCCGCGCCGAGCAGAAGCCUCGCGAGUUCGCCUUCUUCGUCGCCGCGGCUUGUGCCAGCUGCUGCCUCACCUUGUCUGUCGCCGCCGACGACGUCUCCUGUCUCUCCAUGUUCCACUCCGCCUUUGCGGCCCUCGAAGACGCCGGAGACGCUUGCCUGGCACCUGAGGAAUUGGCGAGACUCCGCGACGCCUGGCAAGGGAUGGUCGCUUCCCCAGGUCGAGACGAACCACUGUCAGUCUCUCUCUUCCACACCCUGCGCCUGGACGGGAGAAAGCUCGAGGAGCGGAGACGCUCUGGACAGUGCGUCGGGGACUCUCGCAGUCGCGCUGUGGCUCUUCGCUGGUGCGAGCAAAGGAGGAGGAGUGAAAAUCUUUCGCUGGAACUGGGAGUGCUCGAGAGGCCGAGACGCUGAGGGAGACGUGGAGCAAGGAGAGGAAGCUGUCGCGCGGAAACAGCGAACCGAUGACGCCGGCGAACCGAGGGCAGACAACAGGUGCAGGCGGUGUACGUACACCGGAAAGUGGGAAUGCAUGUAUACCAUGGCUGGCCAAUUCGACCUCCUCACCGUGGAUCUCCAGUGGGGCGUUUUUGCCCUGUCGACGCCUGUGGACUCGAAGAUUCUUUUUCUCUCCUUCCGAAACCUCUUGUCUCACACACAAGUCAGCUUCUCUUCUCCCGGCCUUGCGAAUACGCCCUCGGCUUCUUCUCCAGGCUCUUCUUUCUCCCCUGGGUCGCACCCCAGCGCCUCUUCUGCCUCUUCUCUCUCUUCUCCCUCUUUCUGCGGUGGCGCGUCUUUCGCUUCUCUUGCCCAGCCUUCUGGUUCGGCGCCUGCUCACGGCUCUUCGACGUCGCUGUGGAGUUCGGCCGCUGCGGCUUUCGCAACUGCGCGCGUCGCUCCUCCAGGGGGAUUUCCCGCGCGGGUGCGGCCGGACUUCGCGACCUCGCCGCUUAUGUGCCCAGCUGCAGGAGCCGUUGGAAAGAUCUUCGUCGCGAGUCCUCCAACUUGUCUGGUCGCUCUCGGCGGCGGCCGGUGGGCGGCGGCCGUUGGUCGAGCUCUGCGCCUCUUCCAGGUUCACUACGAGGAAGAAAAACGCGAAGCGAAAGGUCGUCCUGGUCGAGGCGGAGGCGCGGGAGAUCGUGCAGAGCGAAGGCGUCGCGCCGGCAGCGCCUCCGAGAGCCGUGGAUCCGAUUCCUCGUUCUUCGCUGGCUCCCCUCCCUCUCCUCAAGUCUCGCCGCCGUCUCUGCGCUGCUCGUCGCUGUGCGUGCUCAGUGGACACAACGCUCGAAUUUAUCGCUUGGCUUUCGACGGAUGUCGGCGCCUCGUUUCCGUGGAUCUCUCUGAAGUUCUGAUUGUCUGGGAUGCCCUCCGACAGCGGAAGCUUCUGGGCGUCGACCUGAAAGUCAGGCACACACCCCUGACCGCCUCUCACCUCGCCUCGCUCUCGGCGCUUCUCCCGCGACCGGCGGCUCACUCCACUCGCCAAGAGUCUCCGGCGAGAGGCCCCGCGGGCCUCACCGGUGCGGACUGCGCGGCCUUGUCUCUCGCAGCUCAACAGGCGAAGAAGCUUCCCAGCGGAGCUUUCUUCGGAGAAACUUCGGCCGCAGGCCUCGCCUCGUCCGCGUCCGGGACCCUCGCGGUGGUCGCCGCUGCAUGCGCCGCCUCCGAAGGACGCGUGAUGGGCCUCGCGCGCGCCGGAGCCAAGCCGCGGCGCCUCGCUCCACACAAGCGCCUGGGCGCGAAGAAGAAACUGUUUCGCGGAGACGAAGCGGACGACCAGUUUUGGGUUGCGCAGAGUGCGGCGCGACUGCUGGCGAAGGAGAAUGUGACGCAGUGGUGUCGAAAAGUGAAGAGAAAAGUCGAGUGGUGGACUGGCGGGGCAAACGCAUGCAGAGACGGCGAGGUCGCGGGCCAGCUCGCGGGGAAGUGUGGGGCCGAGACCGACAGCGAGUUCGAAGAAGAGGAAGAAGAAGAAGAAGAGACGUUUUCGCGGAGCGCAGGUGGAGACUCGACAAGGGGAGACAGCGCCCUCAUGGAGGCGCUCAGGCUGCAGAUGGAGUGCGACCUGUUGAAUCGAGGCCGACGCAGAGAAGACGAAGAAGAAAGCAGUUGCGGUCUCGAUUCGGACAGAUCGGCAGAUGCUCGCGUCGGAGGCGCGGCCCCCGGCUCGCUUCACAAGGGGACUCGCUCCUCGCUCUCCGCUUCCCCACACCUCACCCACGGCGGAGGAGACUGUCUCCUCGCCUCUAACCGCCGUCUGCCAAUUACGCAAUCCAGCUGGAUGCUGGAGACUCACUCGUCGCCGGCUUCUCCCUUCCAGCCGCCGUCGCGCGCGCCGGAGUCUCCUCCGGCGCUGAAGGAGGCGCCAAGGACUUUCUCGCCUCCAGCUUGUUCGGACAGCUAUUCGGCACACUUUCCUCCGCUGGCUCUGCCGCCUCUUGCGCCCGCGUUUGGGCCUUCUUCGAGCCGAGAAAAGACACAGCCUGAAGAGGAGAAGGCGAAGAGAGUUGAGCCGCGGGAUCCUUCGACGACGCAGCCAAGCGAAGCCGUGGCGACAUCUGGAGGCCUUCACGCGGCUUCGGAGUGUGGGGUCCGAGAGCCGGUGUCUCCGCUGUCUCCGCAGCUCUCCUCGCGCUUGCCACGAGACGUUCCGGAGAGCGAGGCGACGGGUGUGGGGAAGAGCGAAGAGACACAGCAGCCGGGGGAGAAGCGAAAGAAGACAUUUGCAGAAGCAGCAGCCCUCGCGAAAGGCGAAGGAGACCUCUGUCGGCGCGUCUCGCCUGCUGUCUCUGCCGGACAGGCUGCGGUGAACUCUGCGCAUGCGGUGGCCUCUGAACUGUUCUGUCAAAUGCUCGAGCACGACUCGGCCGAAGUCCUCAAGUCUGCUGCGGUGGCGCUCGGGAUGUCUGUCGACGAGCUGUACGUACAGCAGAUGAUGGAGCUGCAGAGACUCGAGCAGAACAAGAAGCUCCGAGCCGUGGAGUCUCGUUCUGCGCCGAACGAAGAGGAAAGCGCAUGCAACGUGGUGAUGGCCGAGAAGCAGCGGCAGGCGGAAGGAGGACAAGAGCGAGAAGAAGACGAAGAAGAAGAGGCAAAGAAGCGACAUGAAGAGAAAACGAACGUCGCGAUAAAAGAGAAAAGUCUCCAGGAGAAAUCGACCGCGGAGGUCCGACGUCACGACACAUCCACGUCGGUAAACAGACCCCCAUCUUCUUCUUCUUCAUCUUCUUCAUCAUCUUCUUCUUCGUCUUCAUCAUCUUCUUCUUCCUCGUCUUCUUCUUCAUCUUCAUCAUCUUCUUCGUCUUCUUCAUCUUCUUCUUCUUCCUCGUCUUCUUCUUCUUCCUCGUCUUCUUCUUCCUCGUCUUCUUCUUCGUCUUCGUCUUCUUCUUCCUCGUCUUGUUCUUCGUCGGGGGCGGCUGCUGGCGUUCCUGGAGAGGGCCAGAGUCCCUCGGCGGUGGCGGAGUGUCUCCUUUCGUCGCUGAACGGCUUGGCUGGCGUUCCGCGGCUCGGGGGCCUCCUCGGACGGAAGGGCGUGGUGUGGAGACAGGGACCCAACAGCCAGGCGCGACAUAUUGCGGCGGUGUGUGUGGGGGAGAGACACUUGGCGCUGCUCUACCGCGAACUGAAAAUAUGGCAAGUUUGGCAUUUCGACGACUUCGCAGCUGAGGAAUAUGCGGCCGGAAACGCGGAACCUGGCGACCUCUAGCGACGCCCGCAGAGACGACUCGAAGGUCCGGGGUGUACGUCCACACCCGCCUGUCUCCGCCUGAGCAGCCCCGCAUGGCGCCCGGUGAAGCUGCGAGUGCAUGCAUUCAAAGACUCGCCUUUGCGAUUUGCCGUUCGACUUGCAGAGUCCUGCGUUUUGCGCAUGAUGCAUAUGUGGACACUGAGACAGAAGAAAACGCGUAUAUGGUAUAUAUGCAUGCAUGUCUGUGUAUACAAUAUGUUUGCAUAUUUGAAUGUGGGUCAGAGUCCCAGAAUGAAGAGAAAGCUUGUCUCGCCGACGCACAGAGAAGCUGGAACCUCUCUCUCCCUAAUGUUUCGCGAUUCUCGGCGUCCGCGACAGAGCUGUUUGCGCGCUUCUGUGGUCGAAAUUUCAGCUUCUUUCUGCUUGCUCCGUCGGCGCCAGAGACGCAUGCAGCACCUAGGGGACACCGUGUCGCUCUUUGUCUCUGAUACGAAGUCGCCUUCCCGCGCAAAUGUCCCGUUCAAAUGCUGCCUCCAGAAACCGCCCUCCCAAGAUCAUGUGGUUUGUGAAUGUGUAUAUUCAUAUUCAUUUGCUUGCUACUACACGCAGGCUUACGC